AUGCAACAGCUAGGCAAUAAAACAGAGUUUGCAUGUUUGUACACUAAGCAUAAAAACCAAAAACGCAAAGUGUGGAAUGACGGAAGACUUGUUGUGCUGCAAUCAAAUGCUCUCUUGCACGAUGCCAAUCCAGUUCCUGGCUCCAGUGAUCCCGUCUUGGAUCAGUGCGAACUGAGCAAGGAUCAAAUGCAAGUGCUGCUGACAAAUAGGGAGAUGAUGCUAGAAGGUGAAAAGUUCCUAAUCGAGGUCGAAGGGGAGUGGCGCCCACCAUCUAUGUUCACUUCAAAACCGAAGUUCGCAGCCCGAAAAAUGUCAUAUUCGAUUAAAAAAAAGUUCAAGAUUCCACCGCCAUUCAUACCUUCAAGCUCAAAUAGUCAAGAAGGAACCAGUAGUUUCCAGAGAAAACGGAAGCGGUUGCUGCAGCCUGGAGAACUAGCACGAAUGCAUCGUAGAGAAGCAACAACAUCCAACUAUAAUGUACAACCUGCAGAUGCUCAUUUGCGUCAAUCUCAACAACUGAAGUCGACAAGAAAUCACUAUGAAUGCGAAAACCCCAAUAGGAGUGUUGCAAAAACGAAGUACUCCAGUAGAUUGCCUCCUGGGCACGAUGUCUUUUCGCACGCUUCCCCAGAAGAGAAUGAGAGAGCACAACGCGACAAGUAUGCCGCAAAUCAUCGGAACUCUUUGGAAGGAAACAUAACAUCUAUUCCCCAAAAACAACGACCUACAGCCACCUCUGGGCUGCCAGAAUACGAGGCCGAAGCAAAUGUUUCUGAUCAUUUGUCAGCCAGAGUGGUUAAUGAUGGAACCAAUACGAUGGAUCAAACGAUAGGGAAAUCGUCAGAUAUGACUUUUGUAUCCAAUGAUUUUGAUGAGGGGAACUUUUAUGGACUUGACGAAGAAGAGACUGACGUUGGCAAUAAUAUUUCAACUGAAAGAAUCGACGGCGCCACUCGCAACAAUCUUGCCACGAACUACAACUUGUCAGCACCAAAUACAUUCCCUGUCUCAAACCGAAACGAUACAGUCUCUGAUGAUACUCUUCUGGCUAUGUUUGGAGCGGCUCCGACCGACCAAGAUGCACGAGAGCCAAGAUAA